AUGGCCGAGGCCGAGCAUGCCUAUUUGUCCAAUUUGUAUGGCAAGGCGGCGGCCAGUAUGCAACAACUGCAACAGCAGCAGGAACAACAUCAGCAACAACAGCAGCAACGUCGACUGGCAACGCGAACCUCACAGCAACAGCAGGCGGCACCAUCUCGACAUAUAAUGCACCGAAGGCACAGUGUGUGUGCCGCUGGUAUAGCCAGCCUAUCGCCCGCCGUCGGAGCCGCCUCUUCCAGCACCACCGCCACAACAACUGCUUCCUCCUCCACAUCGCCGACAUCGUCGGCGGCGGCAGCUGCUGCCCUAGCUGCGGCCUCCUAUUAUGGCAAUGCAGCGGCAGCAGCAGCAGCGGCGGCAUCCUUUACGGCACCAUAUCAGCAUCAUCAUCAUCAUCAUCAUCAUGCAGCAGCUGCAGCAGCGGCGGCGGCGGCAGCAGCAGCGGCACACCAUCAUCAUCAUCACCACCAUCAUCAUCAUGCAGCUGCAGCAGCAGCGGCGGCAGCAGCAGCAGCAGCAGCAGUGGCCAAUGCAGCGGCAGCAACAAAUCAUCAUCAUCAACAUGGGCAGCCAUCGCCGACGAUAUAUCCGCCAACGCCGCCGCCAUCGGCGCCAUGGGUGCAUCCCUGGGCCUAUGCGGGCGAUGCGCCAUUCUGAGGAAGGUCCAGCCGAAGGACAUAGAGAAACAUUGUACAUUAUUUGAGGUUCUAGGAGUAAUAAGCUAAUAUUUAUUUGUUUUUUUUUUUUUUUUUUUUUUUUUCUGUAUCUCCUAUCUUUUGUGAGAGGGAGGAGGGAGGCGUAUAGAGAGAGAGAGAGAGAGGGAUUAGUUACUAAGUAGGCUUAAAUUUAAACAAAUUUCUCGGCAUUAUAUGCCAACGUAAACAAUAAUCGACGAUAAUAUAUAUAUAUCUAUCUAUAUAUAUAUACUUAUUAUAUAUAUAUGAUGAGCUGCUUGGAUUACAUCAAAUACGUUUUUGGACAAAAUGAGAACUCAAAGAACUGAUUACAUUUUAUUGUCAAAAAAAAAGAUAGAACACAAACGAAA